CUUUUGCGUUCGCAUCGUGGUGCUCCCGUGUUGCCAAUGUGAACGUGAGCUCUAGUCCAUUACAAUUUAGAGCGGUUAAGGCCCAGGUAUACUUCAUUUCCCGCGUUCCGUUCAGUCUCGCGCGAGCCUUUCAGAGAAACUCCUUUGCCCAUGAGCGCGGAAAGACCAUGGGAGUUUCACCUCAUGACACAGAAGUGAAUCAGUGAAGUAAAAUGGCGUCUGUUAAAGACCUCCUUGUGGUCUUACUGGAGGACCUGGGGAAAGCUGAGCUGAAGCGCUUUCAGUGGUACUUGAAGAAUAAUCAUGAAUACAUUUCAACUUCUAAAAUGGAGAAUGCAGAUAUCCUUGACACUGUGGACAUGAUGGUGGCGUGUUUUGGAUCAGAAGAAGCUGUGAAGAUCACAGUGAAGAUCCUGAGGAAGAUGAACCAGAACCUUCUGGCUGAACAGUUAGAGAAAAAACACAAACAAACAAAAGUGCCAAUCAGGAUCCACACAGGUGCAACUGUAAAUGCUCCUAUACUCUUCAGAAACAUUUUCACAGGCCCAAUAAUCUUCAGCUACAGCUCAAACGGUGCAGUACACAAUACACCAACAAGGAUCAGUGAAGGCUCAACUGCAGAGGACCGUAAAGUUGAUUUCAGAGAAAUCAGCCUCAGACUGAAGGUCAAAUUAAAACAGGAGUGCGAGCAAAAAUUUGUUGAUAAGACGGGUGAUCAGAAAAACCUGAAUGAUAUUUACACUGAUCUAUAUGUGGUGGAGAAUGAGACUGGAGGAAUAGUGAGUGAGGACAAGACACAGAUCACAUUUGAUCAAGUUGAUGCCAAGGACACACCGAUCCAGUUCAACAACAUUUUUAAAGUCCAUAAGGAUCGACCAAACAGAAAAGUGCUGACGAUGGGCAUCGCAGGGGUGGGAAAAACAAUCUCUGUCUAUAAAUUCAUCCUUGACUGGGCUGAAGGAAAAGAAAAUCAAGACAUUGCCUUAAUUUUUCCUUUUUCAUUCCGUCAGCUAAAUUUGAUCAAAAAUAACUGCAGUCUCAUUGAUCUGCUUCACAAAUACUUCUUUAGUGAUCCUAAAGAACUGCCCUCUUUUCCUGAAGGUGAUGGUAAGGUCAUGUUCAUCUUUGAUGGGCUGGAUGAAUGUCGCUUCCCUUUGAACUUUAAAAAUGAUGACAGAUUAAGAGAUGUACAUGAAAAAACAACAGUGAGUAAGAUAGUUACAAACCUGAUCGAGAGAAAUCUGGUUCCUUCUGCUCUCAUCUGGAUCACAUCCAGACCUGCAGCCGCCAGUCUGAUACCCCGAGAUCACAUUGAUCAGGUGACAGAGGUGCGAGGAUUCAACAAUGGGCAAAAAGAGCAAUACUUCCUUAAAAACAGCAGUCCUGAGGUUGCUGGAAACAUCAUCCGUCACAUCAAGAAAUCCAAGAGCUGGUACAUCAUGUGCCACUUCCCCGUCUUCUGCCAGAUCUCUCUCACUGUUCUUCAGCCUCUACUGAUUCAAGAGAGCAAUGACAAAACACCAACAACUCUCACAGGGAUGUACACAAACCUUUUACUUUUUCAGCAGCAACAGAUGGCAGAAAAAUACUGUGAUGGUCCUGCACCUAAACCCAAAGCCAAGUCUUUUGAUCAGAUUCUUCUGAAGCUUGGAAAGCUGGCCUUUCAACAGCUGGAGAAAGGUAAUCUGAUUUUCUACAAAGAAGAUCUUGAGGAGUGUGGACUAGAUGUCAGUGAAGGGUCAGUGUACUCUGGGUUAUGCACUCAGACCUUUCAGACAGAAGAGAAAAGAAACGUUUACAGCUUCAUACAUCACAGCGUACAGGAGUUCCUCGCUGCUCUCUAUGUGUUUUUCGAAUACAAAUGUCUUGGAGAAAAUCCAAUUUUUCAGUUAAUACCCACAAAAAUAUCAUUAUUUGACCUUCAUGCGUCUGCAGUUGAAAAGGCUUUACAGAGCAAGAAUGGGCAUCUGGAUCUUUUCCUUCAGUUCCUCUUAGGUCUCUCACUGGAGUCCAAUCAGAGUGACCUGAAGAAACUUCUGCCAGCACUAGAUCUGAAAACAGAGAAUGUCAAAGAUACUAUUGACUAUAUCAAAAAGAAAAUACAGACAGAAAAAUCAAACGAGAGGACCAUUUACCUCUUCCACUGUCUGAGUGACCUGAAAGAUGACUUUGUGGAGGAGAAUCUGAGAAUGUGGAAUCUUUCAACGCAGCCUCUUUCCUCUGCUCAAUGGUCAGCUCUGGUGUUUAAGCUGCUGAUGUCAGAAGAGCCUCAAGAGAAGUUUGAACUGAAGAAGUACAGAAAAUCUGAUGAAGCAGUGAUGAAAAUGCUGCCAGUGAUCAGAAACACCAGGAGAGCACUGCUACAAUCCUGUAAUCUCACCGCUCGCUGUUGUGAGAGUUUGUCAUCAGUUUUACAGUCAUCAAACCUGAGAGAGCUGGACCUGAGUAACAAUGACCUACAGGAUUUAGGAGUCCAGCUGCUCUCUGAUGGACUGAAGAGCCCAAACUGUAAGCUGGAGAAACUGAGGUUGUCUGGCUGUAUGGUGACAGAGGAAGGCUGUGAUUAUCUGUCUUCAGCUCUGAGUUCAAACCCCUCACACCUGAGAGAGCUGGAUCUGAGCUACAAUCAUCUAGGAGAUUCAGGAGUCAAGCUGCUCACUGACAAAGUGAAGGAUCCAAACUGCUCACUGCAGAUACUUAAUAUGGAUCAUGGAGAAGAAAUCAGAAGUAAAGUGCCUCAAAAAUAUGCCUGUGAUCUCACACUGGAUCCAAACACAGCAAACACUCAACUCAUCCUGUCUGAGGAGAACAGGAAGGUGAUGCGUGUGGAAGAGAAUCAGCCGUAUCCUGAUCAUCCAGAGAGAUUUGUUGAUAUUGCUCAGGUUCUGUGUGGAGAGAGUCUGACUGGACGCUGUUACUGGGAGGCUGAAUGGAGCGGAAAUGCUGUUAUAGCAGUAGCCUAUAGAGGAAUCAACUGGAAAGGAGAGAGUGGUAACAGUGCGUUUGGAUUCGAUGACAAAUCCUGGUGUCUGGAGUGCUCUGAUGACGGAUUCACUGUCCAUCCCAAAACUAAGAAAAUGAUUCAGAAAACAGUCACACCAGCCUCUCCCAGACACUCUAAUAGAGUAGGAGUGUAUUUGAACUGGUCAUCUGGCAUUCUGUCCUUCUACAGCGUCUCUGACACACACACACUUACACACUUACACACAUUCAACACCACAUUCACUGAACCCCUCUAUGCUGGAUUUGGGGUUCAUUAUAACUCCUCAUUGUCUCUGUGUAACAUUAAACAGUCUUCUGUGAGAAACAACAGAGCAUGCAAGCGGAGCGCGAGCUCAAGCCAGAAUACCCUUUGUGACAUGCUGGAUCGAAAAUAUGUGAAGAUCUCUAACCUCAAGAGCGUCUCCACUGCAACUGAGAAAGACAAGCUGCGUCUGAAUACUGUGGAAGAAAAAGCAAAAUUUUUUGAUGACAAUUGGUCAAAGCUCAUUCAAAGAGUUACAAAUGUUAAGACCAUUGCAGAUGAACUGUAUCAGCAGAAAAUAAUUCAUCCAGAACAAUAUUCAGAAAUCACACGUGAGAAUUUAACCAGUCAGGAGAGCAUGAGAGAGAUGUGUGAGAUUAUAGAUAAGCACAGUGAUGCUGUGAAAGCUAAAUUCAUCUCAAUUCUUCAGGAAGUGGAGCGUUGCCUUUUAGAGCACUGGUUUGAUUCUUCAUCGUGAGCUCAAGGUGCAUGAAUUUAAAACUGCUGAAGAUAAACUGAGGACUUUAGUGAUGAUACAGGAAAAAUAUUGCUUUAGCCAAAGUUAACAAAAUAUACAUAGCAGCUAUAUUUUCCAAUGUAUUAAUUCAUAUUAACUUUACAAAGAAAUCUCAUAAAUGUGUGUUUUUGUUUACAUGGCACAGCCGGCCACAUUACACUUUUCCUUCCAUUGAAUUAUAUUCAAUAUACAUGCAAAUGUAGUGGAUUAUAAAAAAAAGAGAGAGAGAGAAUUUCACUGUAUUUCAAGGUUCAAGGCCGGUUCUCAAUACUGUACGUGUUCUUGAGUUCUUUGUGAAUCGUCAUCAGUCGCUGCCCAAGUACUGUGUCCAUCAGUGGUGUUAUGUGCAGACCUGAGACAGCUGCGUCUCAAUGCAUCUCACACCAACCAGAAAACUUGCGAUGGCGGAAGAGAAAACAUAUCCAAAUUCACUUAUUUUAUGGAGAUUGUAAGGUUCAGGCGAUCACUGGGCACUCAAUGCUCACGUACCUCGUCGAGAACAGCCUUAUCUUAAUAAGUCCUUCUGACAUUAGUUUCUGGUUCUGAUGUGUCUGUGGUGUAGUUAAACAUGAGAUAUCAUUUGUUUGGGGUAUAUAUAACAGGCAAUCUUUUGUCUUAUCUAUAUUUUUUUAAUAUUUAUAUUAUCUUUAAAAUUGCACUGGAGUGCAGCUCCCUUUGUACUUUUGACCAAAUUGUUGCUUGUCUUUUUUCCUGUUGUAUUAGCUUCUUUUAUUCAAAAUAUAUAUUACAGUGAGGAUAAACAGAGUACAGAUGUAUUGCCAAGAUGAUCUAUGUGAAGUUAGCAGAUACACUGCCUUUACAUUUCCAGAAUUACCAGACUGUGUCCUCCUGGCCUCGGUCUGAACUACCAAAGACACAAGUUCAAACU